AUGCCAGCGACCAACCUAAGAUAUUUGUAUGCCCAGGAAAUGGGUGAAUUACUUGACAGAUGGGAACGUCAGUCCUCACAGCUAAUUAGAGAUUGCUGUAGCAAUUUCCAACAACAACUAAAAGAAGAUCUCCAAAGACUUUUAUCCUGCAAACUGGAUCGCUACACAGGCUGGGUCCCACUAGCCCGACAUUCAUAUGGAUCUCAGAGUCCCACAGAGUGUCAUGAUGCUGCAGAGGCCCAGGCCAAACCAGUGAACUCAGUGGACGAUGGUUUGGAAACAGGCCUUGCCACAGAGGAGAUCGGAAGUCCACGCGUCUUGCAGCAGCUAUCUGAUUACCGACAUAGUAGCUCAGACGAGGCGGCAGAUCCUUAUGCAGCGGUGACUGUCAACACUGACAGAAAAAGAGAAGCCUUGAAUACAGACUGUUUUGCGGAUGUACUAUCCAGAUCAGCUGCUGCCACUCCGAACUUUCUUUUCAUGGAAUACUUUGAGGUCAACCGGGAAAGUGCAGCACUGCUAUCCUGGAAGCCACAUUGGAUUUGGGAAAUCUCUAUUCUCAAUAUAUCACACAGAUUAACUCAUAAGAGGGAGCCGGACUCUGAACUUUUUCAGAUGGGUCCUGUGCAGCAGCCAGCAGUACGCAGCCUUCCUAAGCCAACAAGUGCAGAGCAGUGCGUGCAGCCACACUCUUUCAAGUCAGCUGUUUUGAUUCAGCGUUGGUACAGAAGAUAUAUUGCCCAAAUGGAAGUUAGAAGGAGAUGUACCUGGAGUAUUUUCCAAUCUAUAGAAUACACUGGGGAACAAGACCAGAUCAAGCUUUGUGACUUUUUCAACUUCCUUAUGGACCAUUUCACUCCCGGCAACACUAAAGAGAGGGAUUUUAUCUGCCGCAUGUUCACUGAAGAGGAGACCUACAAGGACACAGAAUUGGAAAAAUAUUGUGACUAUGAAUCAAUAGAAGUUCCAGAAUCAUACACAGGCCCACGUCUCAACUUCCCAAUAUCUCCCAGCCAGGCAGCAAACUUAGUUGAAGCAUUCAAAAAGAAACACCAUCUCCAUGCUCGUUACGUCUUAAAUCUUCUACAUGAGACUAAGAAACAUCUCAAACAGCUCCCAAAUAUUAAGCGAGUAUCAACCAGCUACAGUAAAGAGAUCACUAUAUGUGGGGAUUUGCAUGGCCGACUAGAUGAUUUAUUUUUGAUAUUUUACAAGAAUGGUCUCCCUUCACCAGAGAAGCCCUACAUCUUCAAUGGUGACUUUGUAGACCGAGGUAAACAAUCUAUUGAGAUUUUGAUGAUCCUCUUUGCAUUUAUGUUGGUUUACCCAAGAGUCGUUCAUUUGAACAGAGGAAAUCAUGAAGACUAUAUGGUCAACUUAAGGUAUGGAUUCACCAAGGAAGUAAUGAAAAAAUAUAAGGUUCACGGGAAGAAAAUAUUGAAAAUGCUGCAAAGUGUUUUUUGUUGGCUGCCUCUUGCUACUCUUAUCGAUCAGAAAGUACUAGUAACACAUGGAGGAAUUUCUGAUACUACAGACUUAGAGCUAUUAUCUAAAAUUGAACGACACAAGUUUGCAUCUACAUUAAGACCUCACAAAAGGAAAGAGAAGAUUAAAGAGAUAAAAGAAAAGACUGAAACAAAAAAAUGUGCUAAUGGAGAUAACAAUUUGAUUGUGGAAACCUAUUUGACAGCUCAAAGAAGUGGCUCAUUCUCAUACAGCUCCAGUCCUAGCAUGCUGCCAAGUAACUACAAGGGGAAAAGAUCUGCUAGUAGCCCCACCAAUAUGACUAUUGAUAGAAGAGAGAUCUCCAGGCGUGUUCGGCAGUCAGUGAAUGAAGAACUUGAGAAGUGUCGCAGACAGGUUGGAUUCACUGAAAACUAUGCAGAGUCAGAAAGCCCCAGCUCAGCUUCGGAGUCAGAAUCUGCUGAAAUAGAUGAUAACAACAUGAAUAAUGAGGAGAGAAAGCAGAUUGUAGACAUUCUUUGGAGCGAUCCCAUGGCUCAGGAGGGCUGCAAGUCAAACACAAUACGUGGAGGUGGCUGUUACUUUGGCCCUGAUGUGACAGAAAAAAUCCUUAGAAAACAUGACUUGCAAUUGCUGAUCCGUUCCCAUGAGUGCAAGCAGGAAGGGUAUGAGUUUUGUCAUGGUGGAAAGGUGUUGACCAUAUUUUCAGCCUCUAAUUACUAUGAAGUUGGUAGUAAUAAAGGAGCCUAUGUCAAACUGGGGCCUGAUCUGGUCCCACAUUUUGUGCAAUAUCAAGCAAACAAGACAACAAAUACUUUGACUAUGAGACAAAGAAUAAGUGCAGUGGAAGAGUCUGCUUUAAGAGCCUUAAGAGAAAAACUGUUUGCUCAUAAAUCAGACCUCAUAAACUCAUUCAAAGUAUAUGACAAGGAUCAAAGCGGUUUUAUCACUUUUAAUGAUUGGGCAACUGCACUGGAGUCUGUGUUACAUCUCGGGCUACCCUGGCGAAUGCUCAGGCCGCAGCUUGUGAGAAGUUCUACAGAAGGGCUGCUGAGGUAUAAGGAGUGGUUUGAUGAGCUUGCAGUGUGUCAGCCAAUAAGAGAGCAUUUACAUGCAAGUUUGCUGGAAGCUCUUUACAGAAACCGAUCAGACCUGGAGACAAUUUUUAGAAUAAUAGAUAGUGAUAGCUCAGGGUUUAUUUCAUUUGAAGAGUUCCAUCAUACUUGGAAGUUGCUCAGCUCCCACUUAAACAUAGAAGUCAGCGAUGAGGAAAUCAGUAACAUGGCACGAAGCAUUGAUUUUAACAAGGAUGGGAAUAUUGACAUUAAUGAGUUUCUAGAAGCCUUUCGAUUAGUUGACAGAUGCCCUAAUGAUGACCGAGAUGCAGAGAUGCCGUAGUGUCAAGAAACCGUAUGAAUGAUCUACAGGCGUCAUAGCCUUCCAGCUAAUGUUAUUAUUUCUGAUUAUGUGGCAAUUCAAAGCAAAUGUGGAAAACACUCCAGGGACAAUUUCUAUAAAACUUGAGCAAUGGACAUUUGUUUUUUUGCUGCAAUUUUCUGACAAAAAAAACACACCCAGAAAUCAUAGAAAACAACAUUGUGUACAGUUGGACUUGUUCAGAACUGCAUAGAUGCAUUCAAAUAAUAGUGCACAGCGUACAAUCACUAUAGUAUUAUAUUUGAGUCUAGUCAUCAAAAUCAUAGUGCUUGGUAUACAUUUCAGUAAAGGAAGUAAAAUAGAAAUAGUUUCUAUGAUUUUACAAUAGAGUCCAAUACAUAUGACUCUUAAAAGGAUAUAAUACUCAAAAUGUGUCUGUCAUUAUAUGAAAGAACAGCAGGUGAACAUGAUAAUAAAAGUAAAAGCUGCUUAAACUGA